AUGUCUGGGUCGAUGAAUGUGCGUUCAUUGAUCGAGGAUCCUCCCAGCACCCCACAAGCUCGCCCAGAACCACAAAAACAGCAAAAACAGCAACCGGGUCCAUCCACCAAUCUGUUGAAUCCCGGUCUUCUUGCACUUCUAGGACCCAACGUAACCGAGUUUCCGUUCUCCGAGGCUGCGUACGUCGAGUCAAUUCGACUACGUGUCGAACAGGAGCGCACAAAACAAGAAUAUUACCGCCAUGAAACCGCCCACAAGAAACUCAUGAUACUCGAAUCGGCCCGCCAGGCCCAAGUUCCUCCUCAUUUGAUCCCAUAUAUGUGUGGGUCGGUCGAAGAUCCCGCCAAUUCCUCCCCUAGACGCCAGCUGGCUGUGCCGUCCGGAAAUCUAUCGCCCAUGCCGCCGACGGCUACCUACCUUUCUCCCCACGACAACGCCAGUCCGGUGCCUCCACAGCAGUUUCGGUUUGGUGGAAGCAGCAGCAACAGCAGCACGUCCCGAAGACCACUUUCACCGGCAAAAGUGGGUGCUGCGGCCGUGGCUAGCCUCGCGACCCCUACGGCUCCGUAUAGAAAUGUGAACCUAAGAAGACAGAAACAUCCUCUCCACCAGCGACACUACUCGUUGCCGUCCGAAUUCCCCUCGCCCAAACGGAAACCGGCGUCGCUGACUAUCCAGGUUAAACCGCUGCCGGCACAACCUCUAAUGAAGCAGAACCUGACCCAGCCUCCGUCGCAGGAGUCCAUGACUUCGUUCCAGCAUGUUAUUCAAUUCCAACACUGGCGGCCCGAAGAAGGCGGACCGCCGCCCCACAACGAACACAAGCGCCAGAAGAGCUUACUGGUUAAGCCCGAAGACGACGAAGAUGACGACGACGACGACGACGAAGAUAUCACCAUGUCGCACUCCCGUCGUCCUUCAGAUAUCCCUUCUCACAUUUCUUGA